UUUUAACUUUUGUAAAUAGGAGUCUAUUAAAAAGGUAAAACAAUCCACGUGAGAACGAAUUACUUUGUACACAUAGAAUCAUAAAUAUAAACACAAAAAGUUGACUAAGACUGGAAAAAAGCAGAGCAGCCUCCAAAUAAUAAUAGUACCAGUAGAAUUAUUUGACACUCUGUAUUUUCAGACAAAAUCCAACUUCUCUUCUUAAAAAAAAUAAAAAAAAUGUACAACUUUCCAAAUCAUUAAACCAACUUCUCCCAAAAUUAAAUUAAAAACCCAAAAUAAAGAAAAAUUUGGGUGUUUCUUUGAAGAAUGAAAUCCACCAUUUUAGCAAUCUUUCUCCUCUGUUUUCCCCCUGUUUUUUCAGUAUCAACUGAUACUUUAACUUCAACACAAUCUCUCUCCUCAAACCAAACACUAAUUUCAGCAACUGGGAAAUUUGAAUUGGGGUUUUUCACAAAACAAAAUCCCAAAAAAUAUUAUCUUGGAAUUUGGUACAAAGAUAUUCCUUCAGAUAAUGUUUAUGUUUGGGUUGCAAACAGAGACGCUCCUUCAUUGAGUGAUUCCUGCACCCUCAAAUUUGAUGAUCAAGGAAAUCUUGUAAUUGCUGAUUAUGGGUCUCAUGUUCGUUGGCAGAUUAAUGGAUCAACGGCUAAAAAUCCGGUGUUACAGUUGUUGGAUUCAGGGAAUUUGGUGAUCCGAGAAGCAGGGGAUUCGAGCUCGGGUGGAUAUUUAUGGGAGAGCUUUGAUCAUCCGACUGAUACUCUCAUUCCGGGUCAAAAACUCGGGUGGAAUCUUAAAACGGGUCUCGACCGGUUUUUAACCUCGUGGGCGGGACCGGAUGACCCGAGUACGGGUAAUUAUAGCUUUAAAAUGGAUUAUCACGGUGAUCCGGAAAUUUAUAUGAGGUAUGAGGAUAGAAUAAUUUAUCGGAGCGGACCAUGGGUCGGGCAACGUUUUAGUGGGGUGCCUGAAAUGGCAACGGGUAACAAUGGUUUUAACUUUACUUUUUACCGCGGGCCGGAUGAAGUUUACUAUACGUUUGAAUUACCUCCGGGUGGUGAGGUAAAAUCAAGGUUAUUGGUAACUUUUGACGGGUACCUUAGAAGAUUUACGUGGGUGCCAAAUACUAAACAAUGGACUAGGUAUUGGUAUGCUAGGUCGGACGAUUGUGACACGUAUAGGGUAUGUGGUCCGUACUCGGUGUGCAACACGAGUGGCUUUUUCGAUUGCCAAUGUCCACAAGGGUUUGAGCCGAAGAACCCUCGAGAUUGGGAUUUGAGAGACGGGUCAAGUGGGUGCGUCCGAAAGACCGAGUUGGAUUGUGGGAAGGAUGGUUUUUUGAAGUUGGUAAAUAUGAAAUUACCUGAGAGUACAACUGCUUUUGUAGAUGAAGGGUUAAACCUUAAUCAAUGUAGAAAUUUGUGCAAGAGGAAUUGUAGUUGUACUGCUUAUGCUAAUUUGAAUGUGGUUCAAGGGGUUGGCAAUGGGUGUGUUUAUUGGACCGAUAAUUUAACGGAUAUGAGAGAUUAUGUUCAAGGUGGACAAGAUUUGUACAUUCGGCUAGCCGCUUCGGAUCUAGGGUCUCAAGGAAUUGGUUCGGAUCAUGCAAAGAAAAUUGUAAUGGGUAUUGGCAUUUCCAUUGCCUCAAUGGUACUUUUGGCUGGCAUAAUUGCAUUGAUCAUAUUGAAACGGAAAAAAGCACAAAGUUUGUUUAGAAGAAGACUUGGGGAGACAAGAGCCUCUAGGGCAGGUACAACUGAAAGGAGCCAAGAAAUUCUUAUAAGUGGGCAAAUCAUCUCUAGCAAGAGAGACUACUCAGGGGAAACUAAUAAUUUAGAAGAUGUUGAGUUGCCCAUAUUUGACCUAUAUACCAUGGCCGUUGCCACCAACAACUUCGACGAUGCUACCAAACUUGGACAAGGUGGUUUUGGACGCGUAUAUAAGGGUGUACUACCAGAUGGACAAGAAGUUGCAGUUAAGAGACUCUCUAAGGAAUCAGGACAAGGGGUAGAAGAGUUCAAGAACGAGGUUAGAUUGAUCGCAAAGCUUCAGCAUCGAAACCUUGUUCGAUUACUUGGUUGUUGUGUAGAGAUGGAUGAGAAGAUGCUCAUUUACGAGUACCUCAAAAAUAGAAGUCUAGAUGCAUUUUUGUUCCAUGAUGAAAGAAAAUCAUUGCUUGAUUGGCAAACGCGAUUCAACAUAAUUUGUGGGAUUGCGAGGGGGUUAUUGUAUCUUCAUCAAGAUUCGAGGUAUAGAAUAGUCCAUAGAGAUAUGAAAGCAAGCAACAUUUUGCUCGAUGGAGAAAUGAAUCCGAAAAUAUCAGAUUUUGGCAUGGCAAGGAUAUUUGGAGGUGAUCAAACUGAAGGAAACACAAGGAGAGUAGUUGGAACAUAUGGUUAUAUGGCUCCUGAAUACGCAAUGGAUGGACUUUUCUCAGUAAAAUCAGACGUGUUUAGCUUUGGUGUACUAGUCCUAGAGAUAAUUAGUGGGACUAAAAACAGAGGAUUUUAUAAUUCAGAUCAUGAACUACACCUUCUCGGAUAUUUAUGGAAGCUAUGGAAAGAAGGAAAAGGAACGGAGAUUCUAGACAAGGUCAUGGGUGAUUUGUACUCGGUACAUGAAAUGUUAAGAUGCCUACAAGUCGGUCUACUAUGCGUGCAAGAGAGGGCAGAAGAUAGGCCAACGAUGGCAUCCGUGGUGCUGAUGUUGGGUAGUGAAUCUGCGUCUUUGCCUCAUCCUAGGCUACCGGGUUUUUGUAUGGGAUGGAACCCUACCGAGACAGAUUCUUCUUCUAGUAAACAAGACGAAUCUUUCACUGUGAAUCAAGUUACUGUCACCAUGCUAAAUGCGCGAUAGUAAAGUUCAUGAUCGUAGCAGGAUUUAGCUCAUUGUAUAUGUGAGAUGGUUAAGCUACCACCAUUUUUUGGUUCAUUGGUAUUUUAGUCACUUGUUCUGGUUUUUUUUUUUUUUUUUUGGGGGUUGUUGGAAGGUAUGAAGAGAGGGAAACAAUUUUGAGGGAGUAUUAUGUUUAUUCUUACAAUUAGUUGUAUAUAAUUGCUAAGGUAUAUAUGGUUUAGUUUGAGAUUCAAGAUGUCAAAGCAUAAGCAUGGUUUAUUUGCUGCAGUAAAAGUGGCACCUUGAUCCCUUGUAAUUGGUUAAGGCCAUAAGUCAUUCUUGAUUCUUGACUACAAGCGAUGGAUAAUUACAAAUAGGUACUAAAUGUUGGUUA